AGUAUGACCUCUCAGUCAUCAGUUAUUACCCACUGGAAGUGUGUGGUAGUAUCUAUAGACUCUGUGUGUGCCUGCAUUUUCUUCAUAUUGUUAUUUCACAGUGUCAGAGAUAUUUCUGAGCAUCAGUCUGUGGACUUGUAGCCUCCAGCCAAUAACAGUGUGCAUGGUGUGAGGUCAAACUGUAGGCUAUAGACCCUAUCUGUCUCAUGGAUGUAUAGAGAGCUGCAGGUCUGUGUGUCUGUUUGGACAGCAAUGUGGUGCCUUCCUCCAUCAUGGUGUUUGUUUGUGCUGUAGAACACAAAUACACAAAACAAUCAGAAAAUAGUAUUUCAUUUAGCCCACAGCAGAAAAAAACAAAGAUGCACACUUUAAAUAUGAAAUGUCUGUCAUCAUGAGAGGACCAGUGAGUGUGGUGGAUAACAGCAGGUAACUGAGGUAACUUCCUGUUAAUUAUUACUGUGGUAGGGGGGAGAAAGAUGGCACAGUCCAUGUGGGACUAAAUUAAUUACAUGACCUCUGAAAAAUACAUAUGAAAAUAUAUAGUCAAAUAGUUAAAAAAAAAAAAAAAAAAUCUUGUGUGAUGGAACUUUAGAAUGCUAGUUUGCACACUCUUGGUUCUUUACCUUUGAUCCAGCUUUGAUGCGUCAUCGCAUUCUGAACAGAACAGCGUGCUCUCCACCAGAUCUGAGAUUCGCUCGGUAUCGGUACACACUCUUCAGGUUAUCUGCAGUUGUUGACAGUAAAACUCGGCUGAAACUUCGACGAAUACGAUUAUUUCUUCUGAGUUCACAAAACAUUUGAUGACUCUGACCUCUGGAACAGAUUCAGAGAACAACAUGCAGGCAGAUCUAGAGAUGAAGAAGAGAAAUAGGAUGGAGAGUGACAACGUUCAGGAGGGUGUCAGCGUGAGAAAGAGGAGGGCUAGUGAUGAUGGAAGGAUGCCCCCAAAAAAGAUGAGGUGCAGUAACCUCACCAACCCUUCAGAACAUGGCGAUGUCUCAGUAAAGGACAGAAUCAGUCAGAGGGGAAAGAGAAAGAGCAGCGUAGAUGCCAGACCACCUGAAAAGAAGAGAAGGUGUAGCAUCCAAAACGGCACCAACUCUGACCCCAGUGUAAUAGUUGUGGAGGAGCCCGUAGUGGAGAGGGACAAGAGAAAGGCCAGCAACCAUAAUGAGGCACCUAAAAAAAAAAGCGGUGCAGUGUCCUGGAUCACUAUAUCCAGUGAUACUGACUCCUCCUCUCCAUCAGCAGCAAAUGUUAACAAGAGUGGAGGCGACAUCAGCCUCAACACCAGCAGUGCCUCACCUGAGGAGGAGAGAAUCUAUGAGAUGUCCUCCUCGGCAAACACAAGCAGAGCUGAUUUUGUGAACAAGUACUGCGAGUUGGGCCCGAUCGGCAAGGGAGGCUUCGGCUCAGUGCACGCUGGCUUCUGUAAAUCAGACUGUCGAGGGGUCGCCAUCAAGCACAUUCCCAUCAGGGCUGUGAGAAAAGAAAAAGUUAAAUGCAACGGCAAGGUGUUUAACGUCAUUGUCGAGGUGGCACUCAUGUUGAAAACCGCAGGUCUACCAGGAUCCAUUGGACAAUCCACUGCUGUGUCCCUUCUGGACUGGUACCACCUGGAUGAAGAAUUAAUACUGGUGAUGGAAAGACCAAUAAACUGCAUGGAUCUCUGCAGCUACUUAAAAUCUCGCGGAGGAUACCUAGAUGAACAUGAGGCAAAGAUGAUCAUGAGACAGCUGGUGGACGCGGCCAUCGACAUGGACUCGAAGGGUGUCUUUCACCGGGACAUCAAGUCACAAAACGUCCUGGUUCAGCUGAACAACGGAGUACCCAGAGUUCGUAUAAUCGACUUUGGCUGUGGCAGCUUAUCCACUGAGAUGCCUCACAGUACUUUUUGUGGCACCCGUGCAUACUUUCCUCCGGAGUGGGUUGAAUGUCGGAAAUAUAUGGCCCGUCCCACCACUGUCUGGCAGCUUGGCGUGCUGUUCUAUUCGUUGCUGAGCGGUCAUGUGCCCUUUACCACCGAGAAGUUCAUGAGCAAACGCAUCCAGUUUAACGGUGCAUUGUGCAUAGAUCUCAGGAUCUUGCUGUCUACGUGUCUGGCCAGAGACCCUCAGUUGCGAAUCACCCUGGAGGAGCUACGGAGCCAUCUUGCAAUCUUAUAAGCACAACAUCCACAUAAUCUCAGUGCAGGACACACUAACAGCACUGAGAUUAUCACAUGGCAGGACGUAGUCCUGUAAGUCCAUUCUUUGCUCUGGACCCUGUUAACUCUCUCUCUCUCUCUCUCUCUCUCUCUCUCUCUUCCAGCUGCAGGGCAUACCUUGGAGCCCACCUCACUACUGUCAGCUGUGUGCCCUGCUAGAUCCCCCCACCCACAAUAACUGGAAACUUGAACUGAACUUGGAUUUUACAGUAGUGAAAAACUCACCAAAUGUAAUGCCUUUUUUAAUGAAAAAUAAAAUAAGAAGCUUUUCUAUCACUGAUUGUAAUUUUUGAAGAGCGCUAGUUUCAAGUGCAGUCCAAAAUCAUCAUAUUUGUGAAAUAAAUGAAUCAUUAUUUGACCUGCUGCUAAUGGUCUGAAUUUUCCCCAAAAAUUUCUGGUAAAACAUCAGUGUUUUAAAGUCAUAAAUGAUAUACAGAUGACUCAUUUGUGGGAUGCUUCCAUUUACAUGUAGAACUUGCAAAGUACAAAAAUUGUAAAGACUACUCAUGCAGGGAAAAAAAAUGCAUUGUCACCAUUUCUUGCUCAGCAUAUCUAAAGUAUGUGAAGAAACACACGUCUUGAGAGACAAGUGGGACAAGUGUGACCUUACAGGCUCCUAAUUCAAAGUGCUUCUGAUGGAAACACAACAGGUGUGAUAACAUUGAAUCACUGAAUCCAGAGGAACAUUUUGGUGACAACCACCCCUGAGUGCAACAGAAUAACAUUUCUUCUGCGUAUGUUCAGAUGUUAAAAAUAUCACAGUUGUGUUCUAAUAAUGCUCUUCCCGGAUUUAUGACCUGGCCCGAAAAUACAGACAAAUCGCAGUAACUUAUUAACCUGCAUCUACGUGUUUCAUAUGCCUACCAUAAUACAUGUGUAAUGUAUAGAACUCACAAAUGCAAGCACCGGCGUCGAAGUGGGGGGACAAAAGGGACAGGUGUACCGGCGCCCCAAGGAUGAGGAGGCCUGGGGCUUUUGUAAACUUUUGAAUAUUUUUUUCUUUUAUCUAAAUGUUUGACACUACCUGCACCACCCUUGCAAAAUUGCAAUACGGUUCAUUCCACCUGAAGGGCUAGCAAAAUGUAACUAAGCAACUCACAUACAGGGCCCUGAGAUCUGAGCUGCAGCAGCAUGUCUCUUUCAAAGAUCAAGUCAGGCUACCAGAAGAGAAAGGAGAGAGAAGAGAAAGCAGAAAGUAGGCAACCAGAUGUUUACCUUUUUUUUCAAGAAAAGGUUUGUUCAGCCCUUAAUGUUAAAGCACAUGAUGAAAAAUGAAAUAGCAUGAGUUACACACACUGCUUUGAAUGCAGACAAUCCAUUAAACGAACACAUCCAAGCUCACAAUAAUCAACUACAGCCAAACCUAAGGUGAAGGCUAAAUAGCCAAAAGGUCUCAAAAGCUAAGCCCUUGGUGCAUUUGUUUUACUGACUGUGUGGGUGAAGGUACUACAGUGCAUUGAAAAUAGAAAUCAGAUUCUUCAGGGAAUAUUUCUUUGGAUAUUGAGGCUGCAAACAUUAAGGCACUAAAGGAGGAAAUGCAAGCAAUGCGUAAUGACUGGCACACCCUUCUUGCCAAAGCCUGCUUAGUAACUCAAGGCAUGGAGAUCCCUGCUCAGUUUCGGAGCGAAGAGAAACGGACACGGAAAAGGAAACAUAUUUUUGAUGAGAGUUGUGUGUCUAAAGAGAAUGCAGCAAAUAAAUUCAGAAACCAGGUUUUUUUUUUGUUGUAUUAGAUAGCAUUAUCAGUGAUCUGAGUGUUAGAUUCCAGACCACAGCCACCAUAUGUGAAACUUUCACACCAAUUCUGAAGUUUGCAGGCAUGUCAGAGGAACAGAUAAAACUAUCAUGUCGGUGUCUGACAAGAGUAGAUCCACAUGAUCUAAAAGCUGCAUUUGAGGAUGAAAUGCUGCACCUGAAAGUGAUACAUGAUGCCAUAUAUGACAUACAGUUCCAAAGCAUUUUGGGGGAAAUAUGCAUUGGAAUAAGGCUUUUCUGCACCCUGCCAGUAAGCGUUGCUGAGGGUGAACAAGCAUUCGGUAAGAUGAAGUUAGCUGGUUUGGAAAGGGAGGGGGCUAAGGGGUGCUACGCCCCUGUAUACAGAUACCACCACACACUUUUAAUCUCGAGUGAUGAUGGAGGGAUUAUUUCUGCAUGACUCUAUAAUUAAGUCUUUCCCACACACUGUGCAUUACCUCCCAGUAGAAAUUUAAGCUAGAAAACACUCAUGUAACAUAAAGGACUUCAAAACUGUUCUUAAUGUCAGUAAUUGAGUAGACAUAACUGCAGGCUCCUAACUAAAAUUCUGCAGGUGGUAACUUCAACUGCACUAAACACACAGAAGGAGUAUACUAACCUCAUCAAAGUAUAAAAAAACAUGUAAAACUUUGUCACACAUGCUGUGAAAUGCCAGAAUGCUUGAGAAAAUAAUUACCCUUAAAUAAAAGGAUAAACUAAAGGGAUGAUGUGUGUGAAUAUAUUGUUGGCUAUGCAUUUAAAUUAGAUUACUUAAUUAAGUUGGUAAGUCGGUCUGAAGCAACAUCUGCCUGGAGGCUAAUGGAAUCUCAAUGGAGUGACGUAUGAGUGCUGCAGCACAUGUAAACAGCAGGGUGAGUAUCGGGUCGUCGUCUCAUUGUGGAUGCUUUGCCACUUUGUAAUUUUGACCAAAAUGUAGGCCAAUUCCUUAAAACUGAAUGUUUGACUGAUUUUUUAUUGUGAAUUCUGUCCUCACAAAAACUAU